UGUAUAAGUAGUACAAAUACACAAGUAAAUAAAAUCAGUUUCCCAUUUGCCUUUGUUCCUUUGCACCUAACCAUCUCUAAUCUCAUCCUCCAUUAGCUAACCGUCGAAACCCCGCUUCCCUCUCUCUUUAGGAAUAAAGCCCAAAGCAAAUGUUAAGUCGUCGUCGGAAUCUCCGCCACUUGAGUAGCUGAAGCGGCGGUUUCACGCUACGUUACUACGUUUCAACUUCCAAUUUCGCUCUCCGAAAACGAUGAUUUCUUUUUAAAAUAAUCUAAGAAAAAAAACCUUUUUUGACAACGACACGCCUCUGCUACGUUCCCAAGCUAACUAACCCAAAAGAGGGAAAAAAAAAAAAACACCAAUAAUUAUUUUAUUCUGAAAACGAUAGAGAGAAAAAGCCCGCCCUUGUAACCUCCUAAAGUAGUGGCUUUUGCUCAUAUCCUCUUAUACAUGGUUUCGAUUAUUAUAUAUAAAAAAAUAUUUUCGUACAUAAAGAAUAACGAGAGAAUCUGAGAAAUUCAAUCAUCUGUUUUUCGUGAAUUUAAUUUCGUUCAAUUCGUGUGAAGUGAAUACGUUUUUUUUUCAAGGUAUAUUUGGAUAUAUAUUUUCAUAAACUUUAUUGUUAUUUAUUGAUACAUUAAUGAUUCCUUGGAGGAUUUUUUUUCUUCUUUUAAUUGUGUUUGUUUUGAUAUUCGUUGUUGGAUCUGACGUAAUUUAAUUUCGGUCCUGUUUCUGACUAGUAAUAAUCUUUUUUUUUUCUCUCUGUAUGCCGAUUCAUGUCCUUUUUGUCCAUUUCCGCUUGAUUUUUUUUUUGGUCAAUUUCGUUGUUUUUUUUAACAACAACGAGCUGUAAAAGAGAAUCGAACAGAUCUGAAAGUUUUUCUACCAUGUAAAACUACCUUCUUUUGUUAUUUCUGAGAUUUUCAGAUUCUGUUUGGUUGCAGAUACAAUUCUGAUCUUGAUCGAGGGUAAAAUUACAAUGCCUGUUCCAGGAGAGUUAAUUGCACUUGAAGAAAGUGAGAAGUUUAGCAAGGAUGCGAAUUUGGAUAUUGAGACGUCUGAAGACGACAAAGGGAGGAGGGGACGAGGGAGAUCUCUGAAAAAGAAAGCGAUGACUGCUUCGACGAAGCUAACUCAUAGCCUUAAGAAGCGUGGCAGACGCGUGUCUGAUUGCAAAUACACUGCAAUUUCUAUCGAGGAUGUAAGGGAUGGGGAGGAGGAAAAGGCUGUCAAAGCUUUUCGCCAGGCGUUGCUUGCAAAGGACCAGCUUCCCCCACGUCAUGAUGAUUACUACACCUUGUUAAGAUUCUUGAAAGCAAGGAAGUUUGACCUUGAUAAAACUAUCCAGAUGUGGGAAGAUAUGCUGAACUGGAGAAAUGAGAAUGGUGUAGAUACUAUUGUACAGGAUUUUGUGUAUGAUGAAUACAAAGAAGUUCAGCAGUGUUACCCCCAUGGUUACCAUGGUGUGGACAAACAGGGGCACCCUGUUUAUAUUGAAAGAAUUGGUAAAAUUGACGUUGGCAAGCUGAUGAAGGUCACUACAGUGGAAAGAUUUUUAAAAUAUCAUGUGCAGGGCUUUGAGAAGGCUUUCUUGGAGAAGUUUCCUGCCUGUUCUAUGGCUGCCAAAAAGCCUAUAGAUUGUACAACGACAAUAUUAGAUGUGCAGGGGUUGAACUGGAUGAGCUUUGGCAAGGUUGCAAAUGAUCUUGUGAUGCGCAUGCAGAAAAUUGAUGGUGACAACUAUCCUGAGACUCUACAUCAAAUGUACAUAGUUAAUGCUGGAAGCAGAUUCAAAAUACUAUGGAACACUGCAAGAGGCUUUCUUGAUCCAAAGACUACUGCAAAGAUUCAUGUUCUUGGGAACAAAUUCCAUACUAAAUUAUUGGAGAUUAUUGAGCCAAGCCAAUUGCCAGAGUUUCUUGGUGGAACUUGCUCAUGCCCUAAUGAUGGUGGGUGUCUUAGAUCUGAUAAGGGACCCUGGAAAAACCCAGAAAUAAUGAAGUUGACACACUUGGGUGAUGCCUUGUACUUGAGGAAAACAGAAAGUUCUGAGAAUGACAAUUUGGAAGUCAAGUUUUUGCCUACUAGGGUUGCAACUAGUGAAAUAUCUUGCGUUUCUGAUGUGAGGCCAGAUACUUCAGAUUUCAUGCAGUUAGUGUCACUUUCCAACGAAGAAAGGAUGAGUGGUCCUAACUCUUUGUAUCGUACUAGCAAACCAGAAAACGCUGCAAGAACUCUAGCUAGUUCAACAAAUGACAUAACUACCGAUGUUAGUCCCAGAAAUGCAGGAAAGAAGCUUGUACACCAUGUGACAAGUUUUUUUACUCACUUUGUACUCAAAUUGUUAGCAUUUAUAUAUUUCUUAGUCCCUGGACUGGGAAGAUUUCUGAAAGCACAAGACUCGAAACAACAAACAGAAAACCAGUCAAAUGACCAGAUGGCAGGUUCAGGGUCUACAGAAAAUGGAAUUUUGACAGAAGCAGAAGAGGACUUGCUCCGUCCAUGUUGGCAGAGGCUACAAAAUUUAGAAACAAUGGUAACCAAGCUUUAUAACAAGCCUGCAAAUAUUCCUCCUGAAAAAGAGGACAUACUUCUUGAAUCAUUGAAUCGGAUUAAAUCCAUGGAACAAGAUUUACAGAGAACUAAGAAAGCACUAUUUACAACUGCAUCAAAACAAGUAAAACUUGCUGAGUUGUUGGAGGAUUUAAAGGAGAGCAACUUAGCUGGGAAAUUUUCAUGUUGGGGAAGAAACUACAAACCAUUGAACCCAGAAAGAUGAAAUUGCUUGGGUGCCGCUGGUUUAGCUUUGAUUGUGAUGAGAUUGAGUAGCCAAUAUGCUGUCUUGUUUUGUCUCUCAAAAAUGCUAUAUAUAAGAGCAGGAGUUGGGUAUCUGUCUCUCUUGACAGCUUUAAUCAGUCAAGGUUGAUGCAAGACAGUUGCGAGAUGAUCAUUGAAAUAAACUUUCUGACAAAGUAGUUGAAAAGAGCCGUUCUUGAGCUCACUCGCAUAGCAUUGAAAAGAGAAGGUAAGUUCGUGUAAAAGCUAAGUGUUAAAGGGCUAAGUUAGAGAGGUGCUGCAAAAACUGGUGAUGCUUUGUGACUUUUAAUUUAUACAGAAUUUUGGAAAGAUGAAUGUAGAUGGUUAUAAAUUGUAAUACCAAGGAUUAUAGUCAAUUACAGCAAUAAACGAAGAAACUAUUACUACUUGAUUAAA